AUGUCUUCUCUCCCAUUCACAUACCACGCAAAUGCUCAAACAGAGUAUAAGCCCCCUCUUAUUGCCAACGAGAAUGCAUUCCUUGGUGAUGUUUCUGUAUCGACCGAUGAGGCUGCACCACUCUCGGCUGGUUUCUAUAGAUUGGAAAAAGGUACACCAUUGAUCUACGAGUACACAUACCAUGAGAUGAAGAUCAUUGUCGAUGGAGAGUUUGAUAUCAGUGAUGAGACCGGACAGAAGGUUCAUGCUACUAAGGGUGAUGUUUUCUACUUCCCCAAGGGAAGCAAGAUUACUUUCACUACCGAAACCUUUGGUUUAGGGUUCUUCGUUGGACAGAGAAAGACUGGUACCGCAUAA